UUAUGCAGCGAUGUCAUUUGGUUCGAAUUCAAAGUCGAAGAACAGUUUGACAGCGUCGACUUUCGUAGCUUCCUUUAUGCCUUCAUAGAUUAUCUCAACGUGGAAGUCAUGAGUGGUACCAUCGAGAGGGAUUCUGCCAAAGUGUACUGUAUCGAAUCUGGAUAUCAUUUCUUUGAGUGCAUAUCGCUCUUCAGGCGUAGGUUGCCAAGACGUUGGCAAGAUUUCUUUUUUCUCUUGUUCCUGCACUUUGACUUCAGCCAUAUUUUUACCAGCCGGUAGUCUCCCAUUACGUUCUUUUGGAAGUUCCCAUACAGCGUUCUGCUCGCUUAUCAUUGCUGUCGUUCUUGACGAUUCCGUCUCAUCACCGAACAAGCGUCGAGCGGCUGCCGAGGUGAAAUGAAAUCGGUUGAAAAACAACGACGCCAAGCAUUCCAUUCCAGCCUCGUCAGCCAUUCGUUGCAAAAUGUAAGCUUCAUUGUUUGGGAGGCUUUGGAUGUCGAUUUGUUUGAGAAGGGUCAUAGCCAACUGUAA